AUGUCGAGCACUUUGAAUCUCUCUAGAAGUACCUGCAUAUUUCAAGUCAAGGGUACUGAUCAAAGCCUUUCAAUGAGAAGUUCCAGAUCAGUUUUGAUGCGUACAUCAUUGAUUCAAUUACAGUUAAGGGAUCUUCGUUUGGCUGAUCCGACAUUCGGUAUACCAGGUCCCUUGGAACUACUGAUUGGGCAAACAUUUGGCCUACCCAACCAACCCGUUUUUAUCACUAAUUUAAUUUCCGAUGAUUCUACCACCGAUAAACUUCUAAGAGAAUUUUGGGCAAUGGAAGAACCUCCUGAUACUAUCAAGUUGAAAGUGGACGAAUGUGAAGAGACUUUCACAAGUACGGCUACGCGACAUACGAAUGGUCAAUAUAUUGUACAGAUACCAUUUCAAUCGAAUGCCCCUCCAUAUGGAAACUCCCAUUCGGCGGCACUUCGGCAAUUUUUUAAGCUAGAGAGGGCAUUGGCAAACGACUAUGUACUAAAGGAGAAAUAUUUGGAAUUCAUGAAGGAAUACAUGAAUUUGGGACAUAUGGAGGCAAUUGAUGCUCCGAUUGACGCUCAGUUGGCAUGGAAAGUUGUAAUUACAUCCCUCACCCUGAUAUUUUCUAAACUCAGAGUAAUGUUUAACGCAUCGUCUAAAACAACGACCUGUAUAUCUCUUAACGAUACGCAACUAAGUGGAACACAGCUACAGGAAAACGUGGAUGACAUACUUCAUCGAUUUCGGCGGUACUCGGUAGCUCUCACAGCCGCAGAACGGGACAGCAUCCUUCAUAGCUUUUAUGUUAAUGAUUAUUACCGUGCUCAGGACGUUGAUGCCAUUCUUCAUCAAGGUUAA